CAUGACACUUCAUCGCUAAUCUCUGCAUAUCGGAGUCACUCACGCUGUUGCAGCCUUCACUUCACGGUAACCUACUGCUGGGUCACCGUCCCCACGCAACUCUGUUGCAGGCCCAUGACGUUUCGCCAACGAUUUCUCAAGCUUCAGCGUCUGGUUGGCUCAACAGUUCUCAUAUUGGAUUUCUUGGGACACAUUUUACUAAAGAGAUUGUUACUGAGCCUGUAGACUUCUGGGCAAAGAUCCAUCAGUGACACAACUAGUUCCAGCUCGAAGAGAACUGAAGAGGAGAAGCAGAUGCUUGAGGAGGAGCUUGAACUAGGCUUCUCACCCUCCCAAAUCAACUGGCAGUCCAGUACGCUAUCUUCACUGCAUUGUGCAUCACCAAAAGCUGAGAAAAUGGCUGAGGUGAAGCAUGAGGAUAAGAAAGAGCAUCCUACCAUUGCAAAGUUUCUGAGAAGAAGAAGAUCAUUGUCACCAACAUACAUUGAGCUGAUGCGUCCAGUGUCUGAAUUCAUAAGACCUCCUCGAGCUUGUUCCACAGUGGAGGUUGAGGGAGAGGCUAUCAAGAGAAGAUCACCAACCCCUGACAGAACACGUCCUCGCUCUCCUAGCCCUGUUUCAACAGAGGGGUCAUCCAGGUCAUCCUCAAGGUUUGAGAGAUCUUCCAGAUUUGACAUCAUGUCAAGAUAUGAAUCAAGAAAAGUAGCUCUUAAUUCUGAGAUAAAAUACCAGGUUGUUACACAGGCACCAUUCAGCCUUGAUCAUGCUCCACGUAUUACUGUGAGAAUGCGUUCUCAUCGUGUGCCAUGUGGUCAGGAUACAAAGUUCAUGUUGAAUGUCCAAGCCAAGCCAGAAGCAGAAAUCAAAUGGUUUCAUAAUGGAAAGGAAAUUCAGGAAAGUAGCAAGUACCAGAUUACAAAUCUAAGUGGAGUUCUGUCUCUAAAGGUCUGCCAGUGCAUUGCAGAGGACAGUGGAACAUACCGUGUUGUCGCCACAAAUUCAAAGGGCGAGACAUCCGACUAUACCACUCUUGAUGUUUCAGGUGGAGAAUUUUCCACAUAUUCCUCUCGCCGGAAAGAUGAAGAGGCGCCUGCAACAUUUAUCCCAGACGUCACAACUACUGACUACUACCAUAUAUCAUCAGUUAGACCUUCUUCCUCUUCCAGAACUUACCUUGAGGUCAAAGAAACCUCAACAAACUUUGUGGAAUGACAUGAGGUGUCGGCUUUAGAGUAUGCUGCAGCAGAA